AUGUGUGGUUGUGAUAGGAAGGCGUUAGCGGCUCUGUGGUGGUGCACGAAUGGCCCGGCCUGGGUCCAGGCGCUGGGGUGGGAGGAGGCAUCCGCAGCAGCUGGAGGGGACGGGAAACAGCAACAGCAGCAGCAGCAGCAGUGCCUGCUGGGAGAGUGGGACGGGGUUGGUGUGGGCCCAGAACUGCAAGGCGUCACGCUGAUUGACCUUCGCCGAAACAACCUGCAAGGAGCAUUGCCACCGGAGAUCGGGGACCUUCGGCACCUUCGGCACCUCUACUUGGGAGACAAUCAGCUGCAAGGAUCGAUCCCCAAGUCGAUCAGCCAGCUGUCGCAGCUCUGCAUCCUCAGCCUUCGAGGGAACAACUUGAAAGGAGACAUCAUCCCAGAGCUGGGCUGUCUGACAGCGCUGCAGACCCUAAGCCUGCGGGACAACCACUUCAGCGGCGUGAUUCCGCCCGAGUUGGGACAGCUCACGGCCCUGAGGCAUCUCUUCAUGAACAACAACAUUCUCAGAGGGCCAAUUCCCGAGGAGCUGUCGCAGCUGGAGCAGCUGGAGCAACUCUUUCUUUCGGACAACGAGCUGGACGGCAAGAUUCCGGAAUCGUUCGGCCAACUCAUUAACCUCGAGGAGCUGGUGCUAAGCGGCAAUCAAUUUACUGGGAACAUUCCCGUGCAACUGUCGGAUCUCGUGGGCCUCGUGAGGCUCGAGCUGGACGGGAAUUGUCUUUCUGGUGACGUCCCUCCCGACCUUAGCGCUCUCUCCAACCUCAAGGUCCUCCACCUCAACAGCAACUCGCUCACAGGUCCCAUCCCGUGUGAGCUGGGCAUGCUGAGCUGGUUGGAGAGAUUGGACCUAUCGAAGAACCAGCUUUCAGGGUGCAUUCCUCCGGAGCUAGGACAGCUCUUCUGCCUGGAGCUGCUCAUCCUCAACGACAACAAGCUCAUCGGUGGGAUCCCGUGCGAGCUUGGGCGCCUUCACCACAUCAACCUUCUCCUUCUCGACGGCAACCAUCUGUCUGAGUCGCCUCCGAUAGUGGGGGGCAAGGGGCUGCGGCAGUGGCAGGUCUCUCAGCGCAAGGCCUUCCUCAACAGCUGGAGCAUGGUGGACCGCCUGUCGCACCUCGAGACGGAGAACGCGCAGCUCCGAAAGGAAAACGAUCUUUUGAGAAAGCUACAAGGACGCUGA